AUGAAACUAUUUGGACAACGCCGCCGUCGGCCCGCCAAAAAGGUCCUUGAAUCUGCAGAGCACGCCGCACAACUCACUCCCAGCCAACGCAAACCGCCCGCAAAGGCACUCAGAAAGAAGCCCGUGCCUCUGCACUCUCAAAACCCGCCACGCACUCCACGUCGGCGCCAGCCCCUCAGAAAUACACGCACCAACGGAGGCGCAACCACCCUUCCAACCUCUUUCCCCGAGCUCAAGGCUCCCUCCCAGUCGAUUUCCGAGCUUUUCACGCAGAUCAGACUCUUUCAGGGACUUGCACCUUCGCUGCACAAGAACGAGCGGCUGAGAGAUUGUCUGAGUGAUCUUCGUACUCACAACACCUUGUUCAGCGAGAUGAACGAGAAAUUUCUCCGGAUGAUUGCGGAUAGUCCUGCGCCCCAGUCCAAUAGGUCUCAGGAGGUCUCGAGCAAUUUCAAGAAACAGCUCGCAGAAAUCCUGCAGAACAUUGACCGAUUGACGGGAGAGGUGGAGGAGGUUCUUGUAGGGGACGACAGAAUGAGAACUUCGGGAGAAAAGGCUGGAAAUGUGUCGGUCUCAAACGUGCGUGAAGAGCGGGUGGAUGAGGAGAUGUAUGACUGA